GAGAUCAAGAAGAAGAAAGGAAUCAAGGAAGAGAUUCAGCUCACGAGUAAACAGAAGGAGAUGUUGACUGCCCAGCUGGAGAAGGAAUCUCAGAUGAGGAAGCAAUUGAAAGAGCUGGACACUGAAUUGGAAUCCACCCUGGGCCUUUUUGACGCCGUUCUCAAGAGGAACCCUCCCAGCCUCUCCCAGUACAUCCCCGCCCUUGUCGGCUGCUUCCUACCUCUGCUCAAAUCUCCCCUGGCAGCUCCGAGGAUUAAGGCCCCCUUCCUUUCUCUGGUGUCCUGUGUGAUGCCUGAUCACUUAAAGACCUUUGGGACCGUAGCAAGUCACGUGACUUUGCGAAUGAUGAAACCCGAAUGCGAUUUGGAUGAAUCCUGGUGCCAGGAAGACUUACCCACAGCUGUGAACCGAGUGAUCGGUUUGCUGCACACACACACCGUGCCAACCCGGAUAACCAAGGGAGAGGAGGGUCCCAUGCCAUUAUCGGCCCCGGCCUUUUCCUUAGUCUUUCCUCUUCUGAAGAUGGUGCUACUGGAGACCACCAACGACAGCGAAGAGAAGGAGGAGCUCAUGGUGAAGGUUUUGCAGAUAAUCACCGUCCAUGCUCAGCUGCGGUCCUCUACUAAUGACGAGAACUGGCUGGUGGACGAGGUGAAAUUCCUUUGAUUCCUUUCUAAGUGAUUGGCCGCCAAGAGAUGUAAAAUUGGGCAUGUUCGUGUGACUUUCUUAAUCACCGUCAAUGACUUAUGGCCAUAAUUCUGGGCUUAGUGAUGCUUAUAAGUCGAGGACUUCUGUUAACUCU